AUGACAGUUUACACAGCUUCGGCCACUGCGCCAGUCAACAUUGCGACUUUAAAGUAUUGGGGUAAAAGAGACAAGACUCUCAAUCUUCCUACGAACUCUUCCAUCUCGGUUACGUUGGACCAACAAGACUUGAGAACCUUGACCUCUGCUGCCACUUCUGCUGAUUUCAAGAAAGACAACUUGUGGUUGAACGGCAAGGAAGAAGGUAUUAAGGGCGAGAGAACCAUUGCAUGCUUGAAAGACUUGAAGAAGUUGAGAAAGGAAUUGGAAGAUUCAGACUCUUCUUUGCCCAAGUUCUCUGAAUGGGGUGUCCACAUUGUGUCUGAGAACAACUUCCCAACCGCUGCUGGUUUGGCAUCUUCUGCUGCUGGCUUCGCUGCCUUGGUCCUGGCCAUCGCUAAGUUGUACAAACUUCCGCAGCUGAUGUCUGAGAUUUCCAAGAUUGCCAGAAAGGGUUCUGGUUCUGCUUGUAGAUCGUUGUUUGGCGGUUACGUUGCAUGGGAAAUGGGUGAUGCUGCUGAUGGUCUGGACUCCAAGGCUGUCGAGGUUGCUCCAGUUGACCACUGGCCUCUGAUGAAGGCUGCCAUCUUGGUUGUCUCUGACGACAAGAAGGACACACCUCUGACAACAGGAAUGCAGAGCACUGUCGCUACUUCUGAUUUGUUCCAGUACCGUAUCAAGGACGUUGUGCCAAAGAGAUUCGAGGAAAUGAAGCAGGCUAUCCAGGAACGUAACUUUGAAGUUUUCGGUGACUUGACCAUGAAGGACUCCAACUCUUUCCACGCCGUGUGCUUGGACACCGUCCCACCAAUCUUCUACUUGAACGAUACUUCCAAGAAGAUCAUCAAGUUGAUUCACAAGUUGAAUGAGCAGGAGGGCAAGAUCAUCGCUGCUUACACCUUCGAUGCUGGUCCAAAUGCUGUGGUUUAUUACGAAGAGCAGAACGAGAACAAGGUUCUUGGUUUGAUCCACAAGUACUUCCACCAGGUUCCAGGUUGGGAAAAGGUUGCCAACACCAAGUCCAACUUCGUUGACUCUGACAUUGAAUUUGAUAACGAAGCCUACAAGGGAGUUAGCAGAAUCAUCUUGACCCAAGUCGGUCCAGGCCCACAGGAAACCAGUCAAACUUUGGUCAACGACAGCGAGAAUAUCACCAAAGAUGAAAGCAUAGACAUCAAGCAACCACUCAAGAUUCCAACUCCACAAGAAAUUUCAUCCCAGAUUUAUACGGUGCCCAAUAUACUUACCAUGACAAGAAUAGCCACAACACCUUUCAUUGGUUACUUCAUUGCAACCGGUCAAUCGACACCAGCCAUUGCCCUCUUCAUUUAUUCAUGUGCCACUGACUUUGUUGAUGGCUUUAUUGCACGCAAAUAUAACUUGAAGUCUGUGUUGGGGUCUAUCUUGGAUCCAGCAGCAGAUAAGUUCCUCAUGACAGUUUGUACCGUUGCACUUUCUGCUCAACAUGUAAUGCCAUGGUACGCUGCGACGCUAAUACUUGGUAGAGACGUCAUGCUUAGUUUCAUUGGAUUUUAUGUCAGGUGGAGAUCAUUACCGCCACCCAAGACAUUCAAGAGAUUCGCUGAUUUAUCGAUCCCAACACAUACAGUUCAUCCUAAUCUUUUGGGGAAGGUGAAUACCGCAUUGCAGAUGUUUUACAUUGGCGGUUUGGUGCUCCUUCCUUGGUUCGAUGAAGCAACUGGUUUGCAUGAUACUCUGGCUUUGGUAUUUGAAUACUUUGGUUACCUAGUAACCGCCACUACAUUCUGCAGUGGAGUGAGCUAUCUUGUUGGAAGGAACGGCGCCAAACUUCUAGGCAAAUAA